AUGAGCAUGAUAGAGUAUGGUUCUGAAGGGAGAAUAUCCACCAAAGGUGACAUUUAUAGUUAUGGGAUAAUCUUGUUGGAGAUGAACACAAGAAAGAAACCUAUUGAUGAAAUAUUUGUUGGAGAACUAGGUAUGAGGCAAUGGAUUGCAUCACUUUGUGACCUAAUGGAAGUUGUGGACAAUGGUUUGCUUAGGAUAGAAGACGGAAGAGAUGUAAUUGCCUUGCAAACUAUUCUUUCAUCUAUCUUGGAACUAGGCUUGAGGUGUUCAGAAGAAUUACCAAAUGGAAGACUUGGCAUCAAGGAUGUGGUGGCCAAGAUGUCUCGUGUUUAUCCCUCUGUUUUCCUCGUCUACAUUGACGGGACUAGAAUUUUGGGACAUGCCCCUUUUGCCAUGCGUACUUCAGUUUUUUCCCAAUCUUCCAACAACUUUACGGAUCAAUCAGCUCUCAUUGCCUUCAAAUCUCAAAUCACUUUUAGCCCAAACAAUUCUGUCUUUGCUAGUGGUAACUGGUCCACAACAACAAACUUCUGUGAGUGGUUUGGGGUCUCAUGCAGCCGACGCAAACAAAGAGUCACAGCCUUGAACCUUUCCUACGUGGGUCUCCAUGGCAGCAUUUCCCCUCAUAUUGCCAACCUCUCCUUCCUAGUCUCACUUGAUCUUAAAAACAACAGCUUCAAUGGUUUUCUGCCACAUGAGAUUAGUCAUCUACACCGCUUGAGGAAACUUCGCUUGUCAAACAACUUAUUGGAAGGUAGUAUCCAUCCAACAAUACAUAAUUGCCAGAAGCUUGAAUAUUUAAAUCUUUAUAACAACAAUUUUAGUGGUGGCAUACCUAAAGAAUUGGGCAUGUUACCCAAACUUCGAGUUUUACGUCUUAGUAGAAAUAGUCUACGUGGUACAAUUCCAUUGUCCCUCAGCAAUAUGUCGUCAUUAGAGUUCUUGACUUUUGAAGAUAAUGGCCUUACUGGUCCAUUUCCUCUUGUCAUAUUUAACUUCUAUUUAACUCUUGGUCUUACAAAUAAUCACUUCUCAGGAACCCUUCCAAUGAAUCUUUGCACCCAAUGUCCUAAUCUUCAAGGACUGUAUAUUUCCGAGAAUAAAUUCAGCAGUAAGCUCACCUCACAGUUUAAUAACUGUACAGAGCUUUCUGUCUUAUCUCUGUUAUACAAUAAGUUUGAUGGAAGUAUUCCAAAAGGUUUUGGGAGUUUAGAAAAGCUUGAAGUGCUAUAUCUUGGAGGUAACAACUUAACUGGAAAUAUACCUCCUAUCAUAAGCAACUUGUCGAUGUUACAAGAAUUUUUGGAGGAGCUACAUUUAUCCUUCAAUUCCUUAAAUAUUACAAUUCCAAAUGCCAUUGGAAAAUUUUCACUUUCUCUUAAAGUCUUUGAUGCAAGUGAAAACCAAAUAAAGGGUCAAAUUCCAAAGGAAAUUGGUUCCUUGAAAAACUUGUACUUACUUGAUUUGUUGGGUAACAAUUUGACGGGAAACAUACCAUCCACAUUGGGGGGAUUGGAGAGAUUGCAAAGAUUGUUUCUUGUCGAGAACUUGAUUGAAGGAUCCAUUCCAGAACAACUUUGUCAAUUAAAGAACUUGGGAGAAUUGUCGCUCUCUAUUAACAGUCUCUCAAGAGCCAUCCCGAAUUGCAUUGGAAACCUCAGUCUUUUAGAAAAAUUCAACGUGAGUAAUAACGCACUGACAUCAUCAAUCCCAUUGAAUUUGUGGAGUCUUCAAAACCUGUUAUUCUUGGAUUUAUCAUCGAAUUUCCUCAGCGGAAAUUUGUCUCUAAGCAUGACAAAAUUGUCCACUAUUGUAGUCAUGGACUUAUCCUGUAACCAAAUUACUGGAAAUAUUCCCAGUAUCAUUGGAGCUUUCGAGAGCCUAAGUUAUCUAAACAUGUCAAAGAACUCAUUCCAAGGAAACAUUCCACAAUCUUUUGGACAAUUGAGGGGAAUGGAUCAAUUGGAUCUCUCAAACAAUAAUCUCUCUGGUGCUAUUCCAAAAUCUCUUGAGACACUUCCAUAUCUCAAGUAUUUGAAUUUAUCCUUCAAUAAGCUAUCGGGAGAGAUUCCAUCCACCGGACCUUUAGCAAACUUCACCAUAGAAUCAUUUUUAGGUAACGAAGCACUUUGUGGGAAUCCAAUUUUUGGAGUUCCACCUUGUACAAGUCCAACUUCUCUUGGAUCAAGGGUGAAACAAGUUUUGCUCAAAUAUAUUGUUCCUGCCAUUGCAUCAAUAAUAAUCUUUGCAGCACUGGUCAUAAUGCGAAGAAGACAUCCACAAUGUAACAUGCAGAUUCCAGGUUUGCCUAUCACAUUGCCUACAGUGGAUCAUAGAAUGAUAUCAUAUCAAGAGCUUUCUCGUGGAACAAACAACUUUUGUGAGAGUAACUUGCUUGGAAUAGGAGGUUUUGGUUUUGUGUACAAAGGAAUACUAUCUGAUGGGACUAUCAUUGUUGUCAAAGUUCUAAACCUGCAAUUGGAGGUUGCUUUCAAAAGUUUUGAUGCUGAAUGCAAGGUGUUAAGGGCAAUCCGACAUAGGAAUCUUGUCAAAGUCAUUAGUACAUGCUCCAACCUUGAGUUUAGAGCUUUGGUGCUUCAAUACAUCUCAAAUGGUACCCUUGAAAAGUGGUUAUACUCUCAUAAUAACUACUUGAAUCUUGUCCAAAGAGUGAGCAUUAUGGUUGAUGUUGCAUCAGCGUUGGAAUAUCUCCACAAUGGUCAAUCAGAAGCUGUGGUGCAUUGUGAUUUGAAGCCUUCCAAUAUUCUUUUGGACGAGGACAUGGUUGCACAUGUUAGUGACUUUGGCAUUGCAAAAAUUUUAGCCCUAAACAAGGACGCAACGCAAACCAAAACUCUCGGUACACUUGGCUACAUCGCACCAAGUACAUGA